AUGGCGCCUGGGUCGGUGGAUAUCAACGUGCUGCCCGGCAAGGAGGCCGGCCUGUUCCGCCAGCUGGUGAAGCAGUACGAGACCAAGCAGUACAAGAAGGGGCUGAAGACGGCAGACGCCAUCCUCAAGCGCUUUUCCGAGCAUGGGGAGACGCUGGCCAUGAAAGGGCUGCUCCAGAAUUGCCUGGGACACAAGGAGGUCGCCCUGGACCUCGUCAAACGGGGCGUGAAGAACAACCUGAGGAGCCACGUGUGCUGGCAUGUCUUUGGCCUCAUCCAGCAAUCGGAUGAGAACUUUGACGAGGCCAUGAAGUGCUACAAGAACGCCCUGCGCAUCGACCGCGAGAAUCUGACCAUCCUCAGAGACCUGUCGGUGCUGCAGAUCCAGAUGCGCGACCUACCCGGCUUCCUGGAGACGCGCCAAACGCUGCUGGAGCUCAAGGCCACCAACCGACAGAAUUGGCUGGCCUUUGCCGUGGCGCACCACCUGAAUGGCAACCACGAUGUGGCAGUCAAGGUGCUGGACAGCUAUGGGGCCACCAUGGACGAGGAAGCCGCGGCGCAUGAACCCUACGAGACUAGUGAGGUGCUCCUGUACAAGGCGCAGAUCCUGGAGGAAGGCGGCCAGGCAGAGGAGGCACUGGCGGCCAUCGAUGCGGCGGUCGGCAAGCGCCUGCUCAAGGACAGGCUGGGGGUGCUGACCGGCCGGGCACGCCUGCUCACCAAGCUGGGGCGGACUGAGGAGGCCGAGGGCGUGUACUGGGAGCUGCUGGGAAUCAACCCGGAGAACCACCAGUACCAUGCUGGGUUGCGGACGGCGCUGGGCCUCGACACCCCUGAUGCCCAGCUCACCGCGGAGCAGCGGCAGAGGCUGUCUGACAUCUACGCCCGCCUGCAGCGCAAGUUCCCAAAGAGCACUGCAGCCAAGCGCAUCCCCCUCGACUUUCUGACCGGGGAGGACUUUAAGACGGCAAUCGGCGCCUAUGUACGGCCAUACCUCGUGCGCGGCGUCCCAUCUCUCUUCUCUGACCUGCGGCCGCUGCUUGCCGACCCUGCAAAGUCUGCAGCCCUGGAUGCGCUGUUCGAGGGGCUGGAGGCAUCGCUGGUCGAAGGGCGGGGCCUCCCGCCGCUGGAGACUGCAUCCCCAGCCUCUGCCAUGGCUCCCUCCACCACCGGACCCCCCUCCCCCGAGGACAACCCCCUGGUGUGGGUGCGCCUAUUCCGGGCGCAGGUGGCGAACGUGGCGGGGCGCAGCCGCGAGGCGCUGGCGGCGGUGGACGCCUGCCUGGCCGACUGCCCGGGCCUGCCAGACGCGCUGACCGUGCGGGCGGGGGUUCUGGCGCGCGCCGGCAACCUGGCGGGCGCGGCCGAGGCCGCCGACGCAGCGCGUCGCGCCGACCUGGCUGACCGCUUUGUCAACUGCGCGGCGGUGGCCGCCAUGUUUGCCGCGGGACGCUGCGCCGACGCGGAGGAGACCGCGGCGCUGUUCACGCGGGAGGGCGAGCACACCAACAACCUGUACGACAUGCAGGCGACGUGGUACGAGGUGGCGGCGGGCCGGGCCUACCUGGCCCGCGGUGACCACGGCAAGGCCCUGAAGCGGUUCCUGAAGGUGGUGUCCCACUUCAAGGAGUUCCGGGACGACCAGUUUGACUUCCACAACUACUGCCUGCGCAAGCACACGCUGCGGGCAUAUAUGGAUCUCCUCCGAUUUGAGGACGAGCUGUACUCUCACCCAGCCUACGCCGAGGGCGCCUACGGCGCAAUAGAAACCUACAUUCAACUCCAUGAGGCUGCGACAAAGGCGGCCGCAGCAAAGGCGGAGGCAGCCAAUGGCGCUUCGGCAGAGGAUGCCAAGAAGGCGCGACAGAAGGCCAGGAAAGAGGAGCAGCGGCGAGCCAAGGAGGCCGCCGCUGCCGCUGCAGCGGAACAGGAGGCUGCCAAGAAGGAUGGCAAGCCCGCCGCCAAGGGCAAGAAGGACCCCGACCCGGACGGCGUGCAGCUGGCCGCCGCGGCAGACCCCCUGGGGGAGGCCGCGGCCUUGGUGCAGCGCCUGACGCAGUGCGCGGGCGACCGGCUGCAGACGCAGGCGCUGGCAGCGGAGGUGCAGCUUCUGCGCGGCCGCCUGCUCCUGGCGCUGCAGGCCGUGCAGCGUGCUGAGCGUCUGGCCGGGCCCGGCGACGCGAGCGUGCACCUGCUGGAGGCAGCGGCCGCGUUUGUGGCGGCGGCCUCCCCUGCGGGGGCCGGCCACGACGCCGCGGCGGCGGUGCAUGCGCUGCUGUCCCGGCGCCUGUCCGUCUCUCAAGCCGCGGAGAGCUGGAGGGAGGCGUGCGCGGCAGAGUUCCCGCUUUCCAACCUGUUUUCCCCCUCCUCCCUGGCAGACGGCGUGGCUGCCCUCAGCAUCAAGUAG